AUGAGCGAUCUCCUGGAUGGCAAAGUCGUGCUCGUGACUGGUGGCGCAAGCGGACUAGGAAAAGCCAUCGUGAUAGCCUGCCUGGGUGCCAAGGCUACAGUUGUUAUUUCCGACAUCAACGAAAAGUCGCUCGAAGAAUGCGAGAAAGAGCUAGGGAAUGUUGAGUCUCCGGACAAGCUCUCAAAGGUCGUUACGGACGUGUCGAACGAGGAUUCCGCUGCCAAGGCAAUUCAGCACGCCAUCGACAAGUUCAGCCGGUUAGACGUCCUGAUCAACUGCGCUGGUAUCAUGGAUGCCUUCGAUCCCGUUGAUGGGCUGGAUUUACAGCUUUGGAACCGUGUCAUUGCGGUCAACCUCACCGGCCCGGUCCUCAUGUCCAAGUAUGCGGUGAAGCACUUCCUUGGGCGCGAGAAGCCUAGUGGUGCUAUCAUGAACAUUGGCUCUAUAGCAGCCCUUAGAGGCGCUCUUGCGGCAGGCGCGGCAUACACAGCAAGCAAGCACGGGCUCGUCGGCAUCACCAGGAACACCGCCGCGGCGUAUGCAAAGCAGGGCAUCCGCUGCAAUAUUGUCCUUCCGGGAACCAUGGAGACGAACAUCGCUCACUCUAUGCCAGCGUGUCCCAAUGAGAGCUUAGUAAAGGUUACCCAGAGCAUGCUCGCCGUGCAUCCCAACUUCGUCCAAGUUGACCACGUUGCGAAGACUGUCGUGCACUUGGCCUCGGAUUCAGCUGAGGCUAUUAACGGCGCGAUAAUCACAGCGGAUGGUGGCUUCACGGCGUUUUAA